GUCUAUGUGUCUCCACGGGCCUGAAACGGCAACUCGUCACAUCUCACUCUUCUAACUUUGUCUGACACGAGUAGAUCUGUGCUCGACUACUUACGUCUUGUAUUUCCAAAACAGAUUUGCGGAACAGAGGUUUUGAAAAAGGACACUAGGAGGAGUGGGCAAGGAGCAGAGCUGGUUGUUGCCUUUCUUUUGACUUGUCGAAAACUCUUGUUUGGACAUUUAACUGGAAGAGAGAUGUAGAACAUCUUGUCAUCGCGCAGUUAGAAGAACAUUUCCACGGGGGCUGUGAUGGUCUGUUUAUGUUAAACUAAGAUCCCAUGGCGGAUCCCCCUCCACCAUAACAGACCUUUCUGCUCUUAUCACCGUGCUCCUCAGAUGAGAUUGGGGCAUUCACCCUCGACCUUGAGAAGAACAAGAGAAGGGUCCUUGUGGUUUUAACACCUCCUGCAUUACCAGCUGGGUCCUCCAGGGGUGUCGGUCCCCUUCUUUUCCUUUCCUUUCCCCCACUCUGUCUAUCCUUGGAUUAUUUUCUAUUAUUCAGAGUUCCCCCCCUUCAAACCCUUCCUCUUUCCUGUUUUCCCCUCCUUCUCUCCUCCCCAUGUCCCCUUUCUCCUCUCCCCUCUGAGAGAUGGCCGGCAUCGAGCCACAGGCCAGUUUAAACUCCUCGUACGUGGCUGCACCGCACUCCUCCAUGUCCGACGGCGAUGAGGACCAGGCCCCGGGCCCCGAGGGCGACCAGUCCCCGCUGCUGCCCCCCUCCACUGGGCCCCUGGCCACCCGGCACAGCCCCGAGGACACCCACUACCUGGUGUACCUCAUCUUCUUCGUGAUGGGCAUCGGCUCGCUGCUGCCGUGGAACUUCUUCAUCACCGCAAAGCACUACUGGCUGUACAAACUCAGCAACAGCUCACAGACGGACGGCCAUGAGGAACCACACUCAGACCUCAGCGACUACUUUGAGAGUUACUUAGCCAUCGCCUCCACCAUCCCCUCGGUGCUGUGCUUGGUGCUCAACUACCUCCUUGUUAACAGAGUGACGCCCCGGGUGCGCAUCCUCUCGUCCCUGUGUGUGAUCCUGGUGGUGUUUGUGGUGACCACGGUGAUGGUGAAGGUGGACGUGUCGGGCUGCCAGCAUCAGUUCUUCGCGGGGACGCUGGCCAGCGUGGCCCUGGUGAGCGGAGCCUCCAACCUCUUCUCCGGCAGCGUGUUUGGCAUCAGCGGACACUUCCCCAUGCGCAUCUCCCAGGCCCUCAUCUCAGGACAAGCAAUGGGCGGCACUCUGAGUGCGGUGGCGUCUGUGAUCGACUUGGCAGCCGCCAGUGACGUGACAGACAGCGCCCUGGUCUACUUCCUGACGGCGGACGUCUUCAUUCUCUUGUGCAUCGUCAUGUACCUGCUCCUGCCCAAACUGGCCUACUCCCAGUACUACAUGGCUUUGGCCGGAGCGGUCGUGCCCUCUGAGGGGGCAGCAUGUGGGGCAGCAGACGGGCACGCGGGCACGCCACCAGCUGCUGCCACCUCGGUCUCCGUGCCCCCUCUGAAGCCCAUCCUGAGGAAGACGUGGGUGCUGGGCUUCUCCGUCUUCUACGUGUUCUUCAUCUCCAUCAUGAUCUUCCCGGCCCUCUCCUCAGGCAUCCAGUCGGUGCAGCGGGACUCUGGCAGCCCCUGGACCACCACCUACUUUGUGCCGCUCACCAGCUUCUUCCUCUACAACGUGGCUGACUUCUGCGGCCGCCAGAUCACGGCCUGGCUCCAGGUGCCCGGCCCCACCAGCCGGGUCCUGCCCAUCCUGGUGGUCUGCCGCACCCUCUUGGUACCCCUCUUCAUGUUCUGCAACUACCAGCCACGCUACCACCUCCACACCGUGCUGUUCGCCCACGACCUCUUCCCCGUGGUCUUCGUCUCGCUGCUGGGCCUCUCCAACGGCUACCUGGGCACGCUGCCCAUGAUCUACGGGCCCAAGGUGGUGCCACGCGAGCUGGCAGAGGCCACCGGUGUCACCAUGUCCUUCUUCCUGACGCUGGGGCUGGCCGUGGGCUCGGCAUUCUCCGUGCUCAUCGUCCACUGCAUCUGAUCGCUGGGUCACAGCAGGGUCAUCGUCCACUGCAUCUGAUCGCUGGGACACAGCAGGGAGGCGUAAGGAGUUCAGGUUCAUGGGGAGGAAGAGGAGAGGGGUACCAUAGAGCUCACAUGGGGAGGAAGAGAGGAAGAGGAGAGGGGUACCAUAGA